GAAAAAUGAUUUGUUACUGUUAUUAGCAGCUUAUAACUGUCCCCGUGGUUUAGAGUCUUAAGAAUUUACCCAUUGUAAGGCAUGUAUAUCGUAUGAGACGACCAGAUCCAAUAUUUUCAGCAACAGUCGGCUCUUCCUACCAGAACAACCCGAAUUGUUAUCCGACCAAGGACUGAUACUCCCGCAAAUAUUCCAUCGAUAACUAAUUCGGAUAAUAUUUUGCUGUUAUAAAAAUAAUAACAGCAGUUUAUAACUUUGAUGAAGGGCCUUGCAGGCUUAAUUUGUAUAAACUAGUUUUUUUUUACAUAAAUACAAUACCAGUAACUAAAAUUUGAUUAUCUUUUGCCUUAAUAUCGAUAAGCUUAAGAAUCGAGGUCAUCAGCUUUAACACAUCGGCAGUCAGUUCUUUGUCAUCGCCCAUAGAGCAGCUGGAUAAAUUUUUUUGCGGAGGGCUGCAUAUUUUCGAUUUUAUUAAUAAAAAAGUUGACAAUUGGAAGAUUUGAGAAAGGAAACGAUAAUCAUUUAUUUUCCUUCGUUGAUGCUUUUUGUUUUAUUUUUAAGAUUGUGCUAUUUCUUUCGUGUUAUUAUUAGCUUUUAUUUUUGAGUUGAAAUACGUUAGAAUAAUAAGGAAACGAUAAUACGCGUAAAUAGCAGUAGCAAAAACCCUCUACUGAAGAUUUGGAACGGGUGGAACUUAAGAGCUCAAUAGCAACUCAAAUUAAAUAAUAUAACGAUGGAUAUUUUGGACAUAGAUGAAGCACUGAAAGAUGAUUCUUUUAUCUGCUUGGAAGAUAAAACACACGAUGAUGUUUCGAAUAUCUUGCAACAAUGGAAGAGCAACAAUUGUCAACUACCGCCGCAGUAUCAGCAAGAACAAGGCUACAAACUCAAUUCGAAAACAUUUACAAGACCACGUAAGAAGUCGGCUCAGAAUCUAGAACAGCACUUUGCACACUUACCGGGUGUAAAUAAUGCUGUGCACUCUACGCUUCCAUUCCAACAAGAACAGUUCCAGCCAAAAUUCACCAUUGCAUCCCCUCAACCUCAAGCAUUUAAUAUGGAAAUCGGUGGCCUUGUUACGACAAUGCAUAAGUCAUUUUUGCAAGACACAUCUCCGCCAUCCUCUAUAUGUUCCUCCAUGGAAGUGUCUAUGGAACGUAUGAAUAACUCUCUCAUCACAUCAGCCGAUUUUACAAAUAUAAAUUUCCUACAAUCUACACAAAGCAUCGACUUUAACGAACCGACCCUCAAUGGUGGCGAAAUGUUUAAUUUAGCAAAUAAAGCUACCAGUGACGGUUAUACAUUAAGCGAUAUGAUACGUGAUCGAAAAGCACUAGAAUCACUAACAAUGUCAGGUGAUGGUACACUAAUUAAAGACUCCCAUAUUGGACAGAUUGAUGAUAUAUCACUGGCUUUAAGUAAAACAGCAUCCGGUUAUAGUACCAUGGACAAUUCAACUGAGAGUAUGCAGGAAGAACAGCAGCUCCUACAACGAAACGGUGUGCAAGCAUCCGCUACUAACACUACAGUAUUUGUACCACAAAAUAAAUGUAACAUAAUGGAUCGUACAAUACUGCUUAGCGAUGAGGUCAUUAGUGACACAACUUUCGAUCUGGUCGAAAGCAGUUUAUGUGAAAGCAGCAUUAAUGGUAAUGAUAUUGCAACUCUGGCCACCACAGCCAAAUUAUGCAAUGAAACCUUCAAACGUCCUUGGCCCAUGGAUGAAACCGUGUGUAUACCUAAUAAAGCGAAUGCAACUUUCGAAUUCAAACAGCUGACACCUGAUGCUCGUCUGGCGACGGAAGUCCGUUGCGAGACACCAGAAAAUGUGGCGGCAACCUUAGGUUCACGCAAGUUUUAUGAAUCUACACCACAUACGUCCAGUUGGAAUAAAAGUGCUCAACAAAAUACACCAACCACGUCAAAGUUGACAGUGGAUGAAGUAAAUAUCUCUCCUAUAGUUGGUGAAACGGAUAAACAGCGUGCGUUUGAUGAUUCCUUUGGUCAAGGGUCUGAUGUUAAGAAAGUUAAUUCGAAAACAUAUUCAGGCACACUGCCUCGGCUAGAGAGCAUCGAACAAAUGUUGGAUGAUAUUGAAAACCCCAAUGAGACAUUCGACAAAAUUGGCGGUAGAACGCAAGUAUUGCAGCAAAGCGCAGCAGAUAUACAAAUGCAGAAUGUGCUGGAAUUAGCGCACGCUGAGGAAGAGCUUUUGGCAAGCAAUAAUGAUCAAGAAUUCGAACAUAUGCUGGAAGAAUUCAGUAAAGUAGAAGUUAAUGCUGAACAUGUGAAAAUGAAGAAAUCAUUAGAGACAAUAAAACGUCGAUUUAAUCGCGAUACUGUCACCUUGUCAAAAACUCCGCAUUUGCAUCAAGGAUUUGGUAGUGAUCAAGAGAUUGCCGAUUUGAGUGACAAGCCAAUUGAAGCAAAUCCCAGUGAUAUGAACGAUCAAAGGCGUAAUGGUAGUUAUAUAAAGACCGAAUUGAGUGCAUACAAAUUGAAUGAAAGCUCGGCGCUAUCUGGCCUAUCGUCACCUUCCCCCUCUUCCGCAUCUACUUCUUCCGCUGCAACUUCAUUGGUUGGCAGUGGCAGUGGGGUUGGUGGUAAUGCUACUACAUCAAGCGAACGAUUGCUUAGUAGACGAAGUCGUCUUUAUGAUAAUAUAAAUCUUUCUACGAUUUCCGCAGCCAAUACUCAAUCUCCAACAAGCUCACUGGGUGCUUCAUACACAGUGCACAAUCGUGAAGACAACGAAUACGAGUGCUCAGCGAAAACGGUGGCAGACAAGCAUGAGACUGAAUGUAAUAACGAUGGAAAGCAAAUGAAUAAUUUUGAAAAGACUGAAGAAGCAAGCGAAAGCAUUCAUCCACCUACAAUUAAAAACGAUUAUAGUGGCAUAGGCACAUAUAAACUGUCGGAACGGCGGGACCGUGACCGCGAUCGGUUCAAAACGAUAAAAAUCGUUAAAGGACGCAGUGCAAAUGAUGGCUUAGUAGCAGUGAAUGUGCCUUGCAUUGAUGAUGAUAUUUCUACAGAGUGUACAGAAGUCUUCAAUAAUAAUAAAUCGGAAAUUGAAAAUAUGUACGAUGAUAUGAGACCAGUUUCUGGUAGUCAAAACGGCGUCACAAAACCAACGGCAGCAUCAAAAAUCAAUCCGAAUUUCUUAACAUACAAAAAGCCGAGAGAUAAACCAAAACUUGUUGGUAAUCUACCAGAAAUAGACACCACUCCUGAAGUGGCUAGCGCCAGCAGUGGGGAACUUGAAAAGAUGCCAGAACCACCAAGUCGAUUACGUUCACGCUCUCGCCCACGUUAUAUUUCUGGCUUGCAAAAGAUGACCGUUGUUAAGGCGACAUCAGCAGGGGAUUUGGAUCGUGCUACAGCGCCAGGUAUACGCCCACCAAACGCUAGCGUCAGUCAUGUUGCAUUGAAUAGCUGUCAGGAUGUUAAAGCUACGAUCGCUGCCGCAUCCAAUAAAUACAAUCGCACACAACCGUUAAAAGCUUCAACGGAAGAAGUUAAAAGUCCCAUGGGCACUAAAUCGAAAUCCUUCCAUAAUUUGUCUAGUAAUUUUGGUUUUAAUGGCAGUGCUAAUAAUUUGUCGGGGAUGCGUGUCAACAGUAUUGGUUUGAAGAAACCCAAUGGUUAUGAAAUCGGUGGAGUUACGACAACGAAUGCCGCCAAAGAGCGCAUUGGCAAUGGUAUCUCGAAUGCAGCACCCUCACAGCCUGAUGAUGCAGUUUUCAAAGUUCCAAAGUUAGUGUCUGGUUUGCGUGCGCCUGGCGUAAAACGUGCUGGCUUAGUGCGACCUUCUUCCGGUUACUACAGUCUCAACAGUCUCGCCGUCAAGGGCAUGCCACCGCUGCCACAACCACCGCUAGUGAACGAUGUCGACUCGGACGGCGGCAGACAUUCGCCAACCGAUAGUAUGUCCUCAGCUUCGUCACGCGGUAGCAUACAAAAUAGUAGUGGCAGCAGUGGUAAUGUUGGAAAAUGUAGCGCAAAAUCUGCAACAAAUGCAAAUACAUUGAAUUUGACUAAAAUUACCACCGGUUCAACGGGCAUACCAAAACCAUCUGGUUUAAGACCGCCAACAACGAAUAUCAAACGUAGCGGCUUGCCAAAACCAGCAAUGGCGACAGCACGACGAUAAACUUCAAUUCAUAUCAUCAUGUCGUCAACUUAUCAUAAUUACAUAUUACUAAAGCUUAGUUUCUAGCUCUAGGGAUAAUACAUAUAUUUUGUAGUAUUAUUUCCUAACGACAUGUCUGUAUACAUGGUAGCUCAGGCGCCAAAAGCAAAAAUCUUUUGAAAGAAACGCGCUCUACUACGUACAUAUGCACAGAAAAAUGAAAAAAAAGAUUAGAAAAAUAUAUUUAUAUUUCAUUUUUCUUAAUCGAAAUGCGAAACUUUAAAGAAACUGUGUAAGUUAAGAAAAAUACCUCUGUUGUGUGCUCUUCCCUCUGCACUAAUAUUACUUUUUUGCACCACAAAAAGGAGACGGAAGAAGGAAUAGCAUCCUCUUGAGAGCUAGAAACUAAGCUAAAGCUAAUAUAAUAACAUGUGUGUAGAAUAAAUAUCACGUAAUUAAUGUGAAAUGUAACAAAAUUCAAAGCAUUACCUUAUACUCUCUAAACUACCUACCUAUAUUAUAAAUAUUACUUUUAAUACGAUAAAUUAUAGAUAUGUACUUGGACUUUAUGUUUUGUACAGAAGACAAGGAAAAGCGCGAACAAACCAUGAUAAAGCAACAAAAGAAAAACUUGUAUUGUAUACAUAUUUAUGUAAUUAGAAAAGAAAAAUUUCUGAGAUAUGUCAAAUUCGAAUAUUAGAAGUGCAUAUAAUUAAUUAUUUUCUUAAGAGAAACUAUUAACAAUAAUAAUUAUAUGUAUAUGUGUUAAUUAAAUUUAAAUUAAAAAACAAAAAAAAAACGAGAAAACAAAAACUAUUUAACGAUUGAGUCACAAAAAGCUAAUAAAUUGAAACAUACAUUACGUGCUAUUUUGAAAAAAAAAAAGAAAAUACAACAACUACAAACAGCGCGAAUGAAACACAUCAUGUAUUUACAAGUUACAAUAUAUGAUAAAUCAGGGGAAGUAUUAAGCAAAUGAAAGAAGAAGAAGAAGAAUGCCUUAUUUUAUAGCCAUUAGCAACAUGUAAUGAGCUUAAAGAAACCAUUAGCAAAAAGUGACCAGCGUCACCAUUAAUGUCUGACUUUUAUUUACUACAUUAACGUGCAUAUAAGCGUGUAUCCAGUAUGAAUGGAUGAAAAUGGAAACAAUAACUAGCUGCUCACUAACUGUUGGUAUAAUACGAGAGAAUAAGAAAGAAAGAAAAAUGAAACAAAAUAAAGUUAUUCAAAGAAAAUA